AUGUUCAACAAGUCGACAAUUCUAUUCUGCAUUUUGGUUCUCGUACUCAACGUUUUCGCUACUAACUACGAGAAUGACGGAGAAGUUAUGCGUCCUCCUUUCCAAACUUUGAAACGUGGCAGUUUGUCAAACAUGAUGAGAAUCGGAAAGCGACAGAUGUCUCGACAACAGGAAUACGUUCAAUUUCCGAGUGAAGGACAAGUUCCAUGCGAGAGCUGCAAUUUGGGAACACUAAUGAGAAUUGGACGGAGAUAA